AGUAGAUAGUGAUAGCUCACCAUUGAGAGAGAAAGACAAAAUCAACACAUGGGGAAAGAGCUGGAAAUAAAAGUUUUGGACUUACCUUAAAAGGAGAAGAAUAAAAAACCUAACCCAAAACAAGGGCUGAAAAAAAUCACCAUCACCACCACAAAAAGAUCUGGCAGAUCGGCACCAUAAGGCAUUCAUUAAAUACAGCUAAGAACAACAAGCCACAUGAGAAGUGUGAUAAUUUAUCUCAUCAGUAAGCUUGUAUUGAUAAUUUUGCUUCUUUCCUGGUUUGCAAGCACCAUCUGGACCUUACAGCUGUGUCUUUUCACCUCAUGGAUUUACUGUGACUUCCUAAAGAAAAAAGACCUGUCUUUCCGACUUGGAACUAUACCGUUUUCUACAUACUACAGUGAAUUCUGUCAUAGAAAGAGCCUUUCAUUAAGCACCUGCUCUGGUUGCAGACUGAUCCCUGGAAGAACAUUCUAUAUGUUAACAUAAGGACAUCCUUGUGUGACCUACAGUAUAUUUCCUAACUUUUGUUGUAUUUGACUGCAUCAUCUCUGCUUUGCUACAAUGGAGUUACAGAAACUUUCCAAAAUGGAAUCAGAAGUGAGUGUUAAUGGGACUCUACCAGGGGAUCUGAGUGCUGAUAAAGGAACCUUGGACGAUGGGGAGGAUUCAGUGGCUACAGAGAGGGAAGAGUUCCUACCACAACAGAACAGCAAGAAGCAGACACAGUUCACAGACUUUGAAGGCAAGACCUCGUUUGGGAUGUCUGCAUUCAACUUAAGUAAUGCUAUAAUGGGCAGUGGAAUCCUCGGAUUGGCAUAUGCUAUGUCUAACACUGGCAUCAUUCUGUUUGUAUUCCUACUUUUAUGUAUUGCCAUACUGUCAGGUUAUUCAAUUCAUCUGUUGCUGAAGUCAGCUGGAGUGGUGGGUAUCCGUGCCUAUGAGCAGCUUGGAAUGAGAGCCUUUGGUCAUCCAGGGAAGGUGGUCGCUGCCCUUAUCAUCUCCAUGCACAAUAUUGGAGCCAUGUCCAGUUACCUGUUUAUUGUUAAAUACGAGCUUCCACUGGUAAUACAGGCAUUUAUGGGACUUAUUGAAAAGAAAGAGUUCUGGUAUCUUAAUGGAAACUAUCUAAUCAUAAUCGUCAGCAUCUUCAUCAUCUUACCUCUGGCACUCAUGAAGCAACUUGGUUACCUGGGAUACACAAGUGGCUUCUCCCUCACCUGCAUGGUCUUCUUCCUUAUCUCAGUGAUAUACAAGAAAUUUCACAUACCCUGUCCAUUGAAUGUCACCAUGCAUCAUGAACAUGUUAAUCAGACAUAUAGUAACGUCAGCCUUACCAGUGUUAUUGAUGAUGACACUUGUCUGGCCAAGUUAUUUACUGUCAACACCCAGACCGCGUAUACCAUUCCCAUCCUGGCAUUUGCUUUCGUCUGUCAUCCAGAAGUCUUGCCCAUCUACACUGAACUACGAAGUCCAACAAAGAAACGAAUGCAAAAUGUGGCCAACGUAUCAGUUUUAGCAAUGUUUAUCAUGUAUCUUUCAACUGCUGUCUUUGGAUACCUAACAUUCUAUGGUCAAGUUGAGUCAGAAAUGCUUCACACCUACAGCAAAGUAGAUCCACUGGACACCCUAAUCCUCUGCGUCAGAGUUGCUGUGCUUGUAGCAGUCACUCUCACUGUCCCAGUUGUUCUUUUUCCGAUUCGCCGUGCACUUCAGCAGCUUUUAUUCCCUGGGAAGCAAUUCAGUUGGAUUAGACAUAUAGCUAUUGCCAUCUCACUCCUUGUCUUUGUCAACAUUCUGGUCAUCUUCGUCCCAAAUAUUAGAGACAUCUUUGGAAUUAUUGGUGCCACAUCAGCUCCAAGUCUAAUCUUUAUCCUACCUGGAGUCUUUUAUGUGCGAAUCAUUCCAGAGGAAAAGGAGCCAAUGUUGUCUCGAUCAAAAAUCAUGGCAGCGUGCUUUGCUGCUCUGGGCUUCAUCUUCAUGAUCAUGAGUUUGACCUUCAUCAUCGUUGACUGGGUUACCACUGGAAAGAGUAGCGGAGGUGGCCACUAACCACUGGAUCUGCCUUCCUCACCAACAUGCAAUCCUGACUCAGGAGUGGAGCAAUCCGUGUUCCUGGAGGUGCUCCCAAGACCAGAAUGGCACCAUUAAUAAGAAAAUUAUGAAUGUGUCUCAAGCUGCACCCGAAUACGUACAGAAAUGAAAAUAGCUUGUUUGCACCAUGAAAUUGCUGAAUGUUCAAAGUACCCAGUAGGGAUAGCAACCAUACUUGGUAACUGUGGUGGAGGGAGGGUCUGAUUUCUUCUGAUCAAAAAACAGUACACGUUGCUUUGCAUCAGAAAAAAAAGUAAGACACAUUCAUGUACACGAUUAGUGGGGACAGGCAGACACACACACACACACACACACACACACAUACAUAUAUGAAUAUAAGAAGAUGCUGACAGAAGGUGAUGAGGAUGAUGAUCUAAAGAUUUUCAUGCCGACCGAAGUAUUCAAGGUGGGCUCUAUACAGCCGCCCUCCCCUAUUUCUACCACAUAUACUGUUAUCAUCUGUACCAAGCAUCCUAAUCCCUCCUUUUGACCUACAUUCUACUAAUACUUCUGGCAAUGUGUUUGAGCAUUCAGCUAAACUAUGUGAAACAGUAUUGCCUUAAUUCAUUCUCAAGUCAUCCACCUUCCAUCUGCCUCAUUACAUUUCUCAAGCAUGCCUCUUAAAAAUCCAUCCUUCCAAAUGCCUACCUGACAAUAUGAUGUGUCCAUAUCAUUUUCCCACUUUCUUCUUUCUUUUGUACUGCACAUGCCUGCUAAUUUACAUCUUUCGUCAUACUGGAGUCCAUCUUAGUCUCCUCUUCAUUUUGGUAAAUCUCCUUUACAUUAUAUAUACCAUCCUAAUAUUUUCACUAUAUGUUCAUCAAACCAAGACUAAGUAGACUAGCUAUAGCUUUCAGAAUCCUUUGUACACUGGCAGGAUGUGAGAGGAUGACCCACUAUGCUAACUACAACCACCGGCAUCUUGAUGAGCUGCACCUGCACCACUAUUCCAAGUGAUUUGUGUCAUUGUAUAAUAGAAGUCUAGUGUAACUAUGGAUUCCAAUAUCCUUUUUCUUUUCUCUCCUUCAUAAGUCCACCUCUUCAAACUUGUAUGUUUUUCACCAGAUUCCAUAUUUGAAAGUGCAUAACCUUAUGCUCUUCUGCAUUAAAUGACAGAUGCUAUAUAUCUGUUGACCCUAUGUAUCAUAAAAUGUUUCACUGUAGAUUGGCCCCUGUACCCAAGAAAAUCUUGUAAAUCUUGGUAAUCUCUUCAAACAGUCUGUCCUUCUUUUCUAAAUCUAGAUAGGUAACAACUAUAAAUAUGACAGAAGAGAAUGGUGCCAUUAUUGAAUAUCAGCAGUUAUUGGAUUUUCUCUAGAUUACUCCCCUUUAACACACACCAUCAACAUCCAUUUUGUGUGCCAGUUUCCUGUUUUCCGAGUUGUACCUUACUACUGUACCUUUAUUCCCAAUCCGGAAGCUAUAGUUUCAAAGGCUUUGCUGAAACCCAUCUACAAUACAAACCAUAGCAUUCCUUUUGUCUACCAUGAUGGUGAAUUAAAUUACAAAGAAACCAAGCUACUGUCUGCCUGCCUAACAGAAUCCCACAACUUGCCUUUGGCUGGAAGUACAAAGAAAGUGACUGUAUUUGCUGGAUCUGUCAUAAGAUCAGUUUUAAGUAAACAGAACUCCUGGUGACCAUCUGUAGAAUCUUGGAACCACUUUAGUCUCCAAGGAAAGAUUGUACAGUUCAAUCACUAGUGCAUAAAGUAAAGGUGGUAGCUUUUCAGUACCACUUCACCUGGACCUGUGCUUUAUCCCCUCAAAGUGCUAAGGUUUCCUUCAUUUCAUUCUCAUUCACUGCUCCAUCUGGCUUCAUCCAUGCCUACCUUUUCUUCCCAGGCUGGAACUCUGCUUCACUGAUCCUCAGCAUUUACCCUAGGUAAAUGAUUCAUUCAGUCUUUCUGCUCAAUGUCUAGCACUCUCAGACUUCUUUCUUCAUUUUCAUGUAACCCAUUCUUUUUUUCAGUUCCUUCUUCAUUUUCCAGUAUACCUAAAUGAAUUUUGCAAUUUCUCACCACUAGGCCAGUCUCCAUUUCUAGAGCUUAUUCAAGUUGUUGGAAUAUUUUCAGUUUUGACCACCUCACAGGCCCAUCUUUGCCAUUUAUCUCAUUCUCUUCAUCUGUAAUUUGUAAUCCAUCUCCACUCUUAUAUUAAUUAUUCCUCCUCUUAAAUUUGUAGUUGCCAUUCCUUCCUGUAUUUGUUACUCAGUGUUCCACAACAGCUUACAUGUAAUAACUAUUCUGUGUGUCCAGUCAAGGCCUUUCUUUGUCUUUAACAACAGUUGUGUCCUCCAAUGUACAUUUUAGCUCAUCUCAAAAGGUGCACACCUACAACAGCUGCUUUGAUCUCACUGUCCCCCCUGUGUACCCCCAAGUUUAGGCACCAUCAUAUUCAGUUUCCCUAUUCAGUGUAGCAUACAUUUCUGUUAUGGCUGCAUUGUCUCUGUUCCCCUGGGAGGACAGUGUGAAAUGGGUUCUUUUUGUUAUCAUUUCUGGCAUGUCACAGCCAUUACCACUGGCUGUUUUCUCUCUCCUUUCUUCCAUUGUCUCUUGUUCUCUUGCAGUCUAUUACUUCCACUUCUUCUGCACCCUUAUCAAUGAUAAUCCCCACAAUUUAUGGUGAUUAUUGUCUGAAUGGAUACAUCUAGUCCAUAUUUCCUUCUUUCCAGCUAUGCUAAGAUGCAAGUGGUUCCUAGCAUAAAGUGUCUGAUCCUCCCAAAUAGUACUGUAACAUGCUCUAUCCACUAUCCAACUGCUUAGUGGCAAUCCCUCAUCCCCUCGCAGAAUUCCAAAUGUUUUACUUUAACUGAAGUACUUCUACAUGGCAAUGACAGUGCAUCUGAGAUGGCCUCUCAACUCCUUACAUACUUUCAUAUUUGACAUUUGUUUGCUUAGUGUUUGCUGAAUCAUAUUCCUGAAACACAUCCUGAGCCAUGAUUCUGCUGUCAUUAGCUGCUCAAGCCCAAAAAAGCAUGCACUUUGUAAAAUCUACCAAAGAUAUAUGACAUACUUUUAGACUUUGAGCACCACAGGUUAAAAGCUUUUGCUACAAGGAAAAUAUUGUAUUUAAAUAGAAGUAUUAGAACAUGCUUUUCUACCUACCUCACUUUAGGCAGCUAGAGCAAAUAGGUUUUGUACAUGGCAACACAGAACUUCAGUUAAGUUUGGUUACUCACAGGCCUGUUACACAUAAACCAGGCCCAGUCAUGCUGUUGUCAUAUAGAAGCCACAUGACAACCAAGGUCCUGUCCCCAGCAGUAUUACAUUAUGCCUUCCAGUACUGAAUGAUCUGCAGUUCCAGACUCUGAAUGAAAACAACUUCACCCAUUUCUGUUAGCAUAAUAAUCAGCAUAUAGUUUCACAAAGGACUCCAGGUGCUGUCUAUGUCAACCUAUAUACUUAUCUGUGUACAUAUUUGCCUUGGUGCAAAUUUAUGUUUAAGUCAAAAGAUGUUACGUAUAUCAUAACAAUUACAAGAAAGGUUUCAUGACUAACCACUGAUAUUUUAAAAUCUUUGAUCCUAGUGAUAUUUUAAAAUCUUUGAUCCUAGCAUCUUUUGAAGAACUGAACGUAACCUGCAUAAAACAUCAUCUAGAGAUCUACUGCCAGUAAACUUCACUUUUCCCCUCACUUUAACUCAGCCUCUUUAUAUUACUUUUGUUGGUAAAAGCAAACUCUUAUCCUAUGAAGUCUGUCCUUGUCCCAUGCCUUUUUGUAUACUUUACAUAGGUUCCAUCUUAACCACGCAUUGUGGCAAUCCAUUUUCCUAUGUUAGGAACAUUAAUUCUUUGAUCUGAAGUUUAUGCACAGCUUACAUCAUCUAGUCAUUAUCUUUAUUUUACAAUUACCAGUGCUACUUAAAACUACAGCUUAGUUCAUCCCUUAUUACCCAUUUGACUCUUUUUAUGCUUCAUUCAUUUCUAUUCCCUUGCCUAAAUGGUCUGCUUGUCUCCACUCCUCUGACAAAAGACUUCAGUCUUAGACCUUCCUUCAUCACUCAUUCAUUAUACUCCUCUGAAGUAGUCAGCUGUGUUACUCUACCCACCUUCUUAUAACAAACCCUUCUCUUCAGCUCUGUAUGGCUUUAUAACCCUCCACCGUCAUUUAAAUUCCCCAUCUGACUAAGCUUUUAACCUUCUCUCAGCAUCAUCUAUAGAUCAUAAAGCCACUGCUAAGCAUGUUAUUUCCAAAGUUCAAUUUGGACUGAAAAUGACAGCAUCUUUAGUAUAAGAUGCUUCCUAUAAAUACUUUGUAAUCUAUAUACUUUUCAUGUGUCGACUUUAUACUUAUUUUUUAAUGUUAUAUAUUUGUAAUGGGUUCUGCUUUUAGGUGUUGUAGAAUUGCUCAUGAAGGCUCUUAAGUUUUGUAGGUUAGAGAAGGACAAUCUAUUUUAGAUCCAAUGAAUAUUACCAAUGUUUUACUCACAAAUGUUUUUCCAGUCCCGGAAUGCUUCAGGUAUCUGAUAUUAUUUCUGUAUUACAUGUGAAAUUUCACAUUUGCUGUAGAGCCAUGACUUUUUUAGGCUAAUAUAAUGCUUUUUAGAUCUCUCUGUCUCUCUCAUCUGUAGAUAAAUGUGGUUCUAGGGCCUAUUACACUUGUCCGGCAGGUUUCACUUUCCUUAAAUACCAAUUUUCCCAAACUCAGAGUUCAUUUAAAAUAGUUUCUUUCCCUAGAACUCUUAACCUUGGGGUCUGCUAGGUUAUAAUGGCAUUUUACUUCCCAUGCCCAUCCUACCACAGAUGAGCUUACUGCCAGCUGGUAGAUCAUCACAAGAUAAAUAAAUAAAUGAAGUACAGUAAGGGUAACCGUGCCUCCUGCACCCCCGAUGUGUGCCCUGUGUCUCCAUAUUUCUGGUCUGUAAAUAUACCCUUUCCAAGCUUGCCCAUCCAUCCACAACCCCUUUUUCCCCAUUUUGGCACAUGGGUUCGGUGUGUCACUUCAACAGUGACAAUCAUCUAGAGCCAGUGUUCACACUGUCAGAUGGCUAGCCCUGCCACAUAAUUACAGAAAAAGUAAAUACAUUUAUAUUUAUCUUUUCUGUAAGUAAGUGUAACCUCCAAUUAUAUUUGGAAAUUGAAGGUGUGGAGGCAGAGCCCUCACAUAGAAGAGUGUAGUGGGCACACCCCAUGCAAACAUGUUUUGUACUUAACAGAUUUUUAAAUAUUUAUAUGUAGUCAGAUGGGAUGGUUGGAACAAAGUUUGUGGUCAUGUGUUUGAAGAAUGACUUCAGUAAGGCAAAACAGACCCUCUGCUUGCAUUCAGGCUCAGCUGACAGCAAAAAAAACCUUGAGCUGUCACACUGGUCAUUUGUUCAAAGAAAGAAAAUGGCUCAGGAAGCGACAGGUAGGAUAAGACUUUGAUGUUAAGCAUAAAAUAUUUUUUAAAAAGUACAAGCUUUCAUUCUACUCACAGUGCUUCCUUGUGUAUGAAAACCAUAGCAUAAUCAAUUAAAACUUUAAAUAAAAAACAGCCACUGUAACUAGUGUAUAAACCUGAACCUUUUUUUUUUUUUUGCUAUUUUUUGUUUAGUUUUUUUCCUGAGCUAGUUUUGUUCUUUGGAUUUACUGCAUUUGUCUUGAGUUCAGAAUAUAACUGUUGCAAUUACCUGGCAUUGCAUUGAUCAAUGGUUGUGGGAAAGAGCUCUGGCCACAUUUGUUUGUCCAGCUGACAAAGGUUUGAGUUCCAAAGUUCUUAUCUACAUACUGUGUGUCCUUUUACAAGACAUUAUACUGUCUUGUUCUCUCAGAUUUUUUUUUGUAUAAAUGUGUACCUCUUCAGUGUUUGCAGAUUAUUUUCUGUCAAUGUGCCUUGUGCCAGCUAACUCCUACUUUGUUAUAAAGUAGUAAAUAUUGUAUUUGCACUGGCUAGGAGAACCAGAAAUUGUCCAAACUGUACUGUGGCAAGUAUUAAGUAAUUAUUCUCAUGACAACUAGAAGGCCUGUUAAGUUUGCACACUGACAUUCAAUUAUUUGGGUGUAAAGUGGGUUAAAGCACCUAAAGGAGUCCAACACAAACUACUUUAAAGAAUCAAGUGUCCUUCAGUACCCACCAGAUGGUGCGACUGAGGAUUCAACGAUCUGCUUGGACACUAGGUUUGUGAACAAUUCCUUGUAAGGGUAGUUCUAGCUUUAGGUUUACUAUAUCCCGUCAAUCUUCAUUGACUCCAGCCCACCUUUCACCUCAGAGUGUGAACUUCUACUUAGGACUUACUGAUUGAGUCUGAGUCUUUAUUUCUCCUGCCCUGACCCCACAUCCUCUCUCAUAUCUUAACGGUGAUGUGUAAUUCACUAAGUCAGUUCAUUAGACUAAGGUCAGUGCCAAUCUAAAUUGUCACAUAUCGGUGGCUCAGUCUAAAAAUAUGAACUUUUAUUAUGGUAUUGUCUUUAAUAUCAUUUUUGAAAAUAAUAUACCUUGAAAAAAUGAACAAAUGGAAAUUUUAGACAUUGUAAAAAAGUUUCUUCUGAGAACUGUAAGCAUUUCAAUAAAAAAAACAUGUCUAAAAUGUUACCAGA